AUGAUGCAGUCAUCGCAAUCUACUACUAUUUGCUCGAUCUUGCUAGCCUUGGGCUUCUUCCUUAAUAGCGCUUAUGGAGUCAACCGCAACGGAAGAGAAUUUAUCGGUUAUCGAGUUGUUUAUGACAGGGAAGCCGAAUACAUCAACAGUCACUUGAAGCCGUAUAGAGAUCCAAGACUCGAUGAUGAUGAAGUGACCCAAAUAGGGCAGGGCUUUGAUUUGGUAAACAAGCCUGAAGGUUUCCAAACGGAACCGAGCGAGGAAUACUUCCAAUGGUUUUGUGUUGUCGAAGCGGAUAGUGCAAAGCUUAAAGCUGCAAGCAAAGUAUGGAUUCCAGAGCAUACCUAUGAUGAUGAUGGUAGGGAACGGAAAUUAUGGUUCCAAAGCGACGAAACUCUUUUGAACUAUGUCAAGACAAAAGUGGAAGAGAACCCGGAGAACGCAAUACGCUUUUCCUAUAUGCAAUACCAUCCUGAAGAGUUCCAAAUGGUUUUGCCAACUAGCAUGGUAAACAAUGACGAGUUGAAUCUCUGGGCUUACUGCUACAAAAGAAAGGAGGACCUACAAAAUUAUUGGAGAGAAACCAUUAAAUGGCAGAGGUGGAACAUUGCUGGAGAUCCCAAGCCCAGAAAGUCGUUGUAUCACCAGGUCACGGGUUGGUUUGGUUCGUCCUCUGGGGGAAGAUCUUGA